UGUUCAUCAAAACAAUUGAUUAUCAAUUAACUACAAUUUUAUUAUAUAUCUAAAGUGAACCGGAUCGAACCGAAUGGAACCAAUAACUCAAAAUUGAACUCGAGAACAAAACCGGACCACUGUUGGCGUCUGUUUGGAGAUUUAAAUCAGCAAAGAAAAUAAAGGUACCAACUUUGAAUCUUUUCUCCCCCACAGUUUCUGCCAAACCAAAAAUCGAAUCCUAAUGUCCACUCCAGAUCCCAACGCCUCCGUCUCUCUCGCCGCCGCAUCUGAAACUCCGAUGACACAACCCAGCACAGUCAAAACGCCGUCUCCUCAGCCGCCGUACAGAGCCAUAGCUCCCCUUCACCGUCAACCUCAACAGAGUAUCCACCCGCAUCCCUUCCCGGUCAGACGAUCUAAUCCCGUUUCCGGUUCGCCUCUCCAAGACCCUUCAGCUCUUGCUUACCCGGGUCGUGGGUUACCGACCCGACCCGGAAGGCAGAGUCCGAGCACCGUCGCGGAUCUAUCGGGUGGGUAUCCUACUCUGCCGGUUUAUGCGUACCAAAACGGGCAGAGUUUGGAUCCAAUGAGUCAGUUCAUGAGAGCUCAAUAUCCUCAGAUCCAACCAGCUUCUCAUCUCGGGUCGGGUCACUUGAAAGGAGUUCCUCACUUCUUACAACCUCGGGUUGCUCAUCCUCCUCUUACUUCAAUUCUAGACAAUGGUGGGCGUAAAAACUCUAGAAGCAGAAACGACGUGCUGGUCCUUAUAAGAAAAAGAAAGGUUAGAAUAACGGAGGGAGCUUCUCUGUAUUCGCUUUGUAGAUCCUGGUUGAGAAAUGGUGCUCAUGAGGGACUUCAGAAGCAGCAAAGCGAUACAACUGUGACAUGUUUGCCAAAGCCUUUGCCCGCAUCGGAUGUGGUUGAGACUAGUUUGCCAAAAGAUUCAGUUGAAGAACCAAAUUGUGUAGAAGAAGACAAAGAGGACGAGGAAUCUGUGAAACAGUUGUCUGAUGCUGAUCUUUUGAAAAGACAUGUGGACCGUGCUAAGAAAGUCCGAGCUCGAUUAAGAGAAGAACGGUUGAAGAGGAUUGCUAGGUACAAGGCAAGAUUAGCUCUUCUUCUGCCACCGUUUGGAGAGUAAUGCAGGAACGAGUAGGGAUUUAAUUUAAAGCUUGGGACUCCUAUGUGAAUAUACUCGCAGUUGAUUUAGUUAAAUCACAAGGAACCUUUAGAGGGGUGUGUUUGUUCUCUAUUGUUUUCUCCUAGUAAACUGCAAUCUAUCUUUCUUCUUAGCUUUGAUACAUAAUAAUAAUCAAUAUAUGAAAGAUUUUCUCGGA